UCUCUCUCUCCAUUUCCAUGCCUAUCUCCUCUCUUUCUGUUCUGACUUCAGUUUCCUCUCCAGGCUUUUUUCUCUGGCUUGAUCUCUUUCUUUCCUCCCUGUUUGCUCUUGGGGCUUCACAUCAGCCAUCUUGGAAGAUGGGGGCUGUUUUUCCUUUUCUUUUUACCCUCGGUCCUAAACUCAUUCACAAAUGCUUGUGGACUAGCUGAUGGACUUUUCCUCCAGGUAAAACUCAGAGUUGGAUGAUUGAGUACAGCUCAGGAUUGCCUGUACUGGGGCCUGAAGAUUCAGAACCAGGGCACCUGGAGCCCGAGACUGAACCCCAAGAUAGACCGAAGUCCAGUAUUUCUGUCUUUGAGCACACUGUGCCAAUAGCAAUCCCAUCUUCUGGGUUCACCAGCUUGCCCAAGCAGAGAUUAACUGACCUAGGGCUGUCCAGCUGAGGGAAAAGGAAGGACCUGGAGCUAGGGGGUUGGGGGGCAGCCUCUUUCAUGCCUGACACCAAAGAAGACUGAAACUGACAUAGGUGGGAAGGACUCAAAAGGGAGGCACCCCCCCAGCCCUGCUAUUACUGCUUUUGAUUGGCUUACAGUUAGGGUUAAGCUUAGGAGGGAGUCAGGUUCAAGUAAACAAAACUGGUAAAUUUCCCAUCAGUUUCAUGUCCUUGUUUUCUUCUUCAAAGGUGUGUUUAUGUGGGGAGCAAAGGGGAUGAGGAGGGGGAGUCCCCAGGCUGAUUCUGCCUCAAUUCUUCUCUAGUAGGAAAAGAGGGGGGAGGGGAAGACAGUGAACCCCACCCCCCACCUACAUACAGUUUUUCUAAUUCUCGCCAUAACUUCCCACCCACCUAUAAUGAAAGGAAAUCCCUGAAUCAUAGACAAAAGAAUUGUAGAAUCAGUCAACUCAGGGCACAGAACAACAGUAGAAUCCCUCAUACGACAGAAUUAGCAGAAUCAUUGCUGUGUGGCUUCAGGACAGACCUUGUCCCUCUCUGGGACUGUUUUUCCUUCUUGUAAAAUAAGAGAGAUCUCCACUGGUUUCACCUUUCCAUGGUUCAGUGAGCUUGUCCCACACAGUAAGAGCACUGGCCACUCCCUCUGUGACCCUGGACAAGCCCUUUCCCCCACUCUGGGACUCAUCCCCCUCCAGCUCCAGUAUUCUGUGUUAUGAGGACCCUUAUCAUACUGGCAUUCCAAAAGACUGUGAGUUUAGUGCAACCCUCUGAUGUCACAGGAAAGGCAUCCCAAGCCCAGAGAGGGCAAGUGAUUUGGCCAAGGUCACACAGCAAACUGGUUGUGGACCAGGAACUGAAACUCAGGCUCUCUCCAUCUCACCGGGUUUUCCUCCCUGCUGGGUCCCAGUGGGGGGUAGGGGUGGGGGCAGAGGAAGAGAGUGGGCCCUUUAAAUUGGAAGCUCCACCUUUGCCUUCAGAGGUCUCCAGCCACCCUAUGAAAGGCAUCCCCCCUACCCUGCUGCGAGCUCCACACUACUCCAGACAGCAACGACCCUUCCGCCCCCGCCCCUCCACCCCCUCAGCAGCCUGCAUACCACAUCAGGCGCCCAUGAAGCUGGCGGCCCCUUUCGAUAUGUGGAAAGACUAUUUGAAUCUGAACAAGAUCUUAUGGGAGGUGAUCUCGGGCCAAGGGGGUUCUGGGGAUGGGGAGAAGUCUAACCAGGAGGCCGAGGUGGAGACCGAGGCCGGGCAGGUGAGGCAGGCGGCAGCUGGGAGGCCAGGGGCCCCUACACCCCUCUGCAACUUCUGCAAACACAAUGGGGAGUCCCGACAUGUGUACACCUCACACCUGCUGAAGACUCCGGAGGGUGUGGUCGUCUGUCCCAUCCUUCGCCAUUACGUCUGCCCACUGUGUGGAGCCACAGGGGGCCUGGCCCACACCCUCAAGUACUGCCCCCUCAAUGGUGGCCAGCAGUCCCUGUACCGACGGAGUGGACGAAACUCAGCCGGGAGAAAGGUCAAGCGGUGAGGAAGAAUCUGGGCCUCCUCUCCUGGAGCCCUCCAGGCCUUCCCUGGGCCUUGCCCCAUCCCAGGGAUUUCUCUCUCCCUGGGGCUUACCCCACUCCUGCUUCUCCCAAGCUCAGGGAAUCCUCAGCCCCUGAGACCUCCCCAUUCCAAGUUGACCGUAUCCCAGGGAUUUCUCAGCCCCUGGCCAUCCCCAAUUCCCCAGGGGCUGGUCCCCUCUUCUCUCUCCAAGACCUUCCCUAGACUCAUUCUAGCUUAGGGAGUUCUGAGUCCCUGAAACCCCACCCCCUUUCCCAGUUCAAUCCAUCCCAGUGAAUCUUCAGUCCUGGGACUCCCCCAUUCCUGGAUAACCCUGGCCCAGCCCCGCCCCCAUCACACCCAGCUAAUCCCACCCCCAGGAUUUCUCAGCUUCUGGAAUCCUCCACUCCCACCUUGUCUCAGCCCUGGGAAACCCUCACCCCUGAAUUUCCCCAACCCUUUCUCCGUACACCUGCCAACCUACAACUUCCCUGGACAUUGGGGAGUUCCCGAGAAGCCAAAGACCUCCAAGUGUGGCGCAUUCAUGAGACCAACGCUGUACCAGCUUCUGUCUCUGCCUCCCUACACAACUCUGCCUCGGACAUUUCCUUUGACUAUUGUCUCAGCCUUGAAGUUGGAGCCCCUCUGCAGACAUCAGCACCCCAGGAUUCAGCACAUCCCCUUGAAGAUUACCAGAUGCUGCCUGUCAUGCUGGGGUCCUCACAUAACACCUUUGAGUCCCUUUGAGGGGGUGACCAGCUCCUGGACAUGAUGCUGGGGGGGGGGGGCUCCCUGAAUCCUUCCCCAGCUCACAUUGAUCCAGCUCCAGAAGAAUAUCUUGGGCUGGGGCUGGGGGGAAGAGACAAACUUUCUUAUACUGUUCUCAUGCGCUUGUUUCUGAUUACAGUUGUUGGGUCCUGCAGCCCUACCUGUCUAUACCCCGUAUCUGGGCCCCAGACCACUCAGUGGGCAGUUCUAUCCCCCCCACCCCCAAAAGCCCCUCUCAUUGCCCAAGUAGCCUCAUGGCUGGAGGGGAGUGUGAACUAGUUUUCUGAAGCCUACAAGGAAGAAGGUCUGAUCAAUGUAACUGGGGUGGGAAUGAGGGGGGCU